CUUAGAGAGCAGGAAGGAUGAACUGUUCGGCGCACAGUGUGUGGACAGGGCACAGUGCCCAGUGUGUGAGUGGGGCGUACGGGGCACAGAGUGGGGCACAGGGGAGAGCAGGGUGGGGGACACGUGACGCACAGGCCCUGGGCACUGAUGGACCUGGGUAGCUCUGGUGCUGGGUGGAUCCGGUUCCUCUCAUGAGGCCCCAGGCUCCCAGGAGUGGGAAAGGCCCCCGGUGACAAGAGGAUGUGGACACUUGUAGGGAAGGAGAGGCUGAGCUGGCCAAAGUUCUGGACAUCAAAAGCCGGGCGCUGGCCUGGUGUCGCAAUACAGGCCUGGAGAGUGCUGUCCUCUGAGGGGCGGGCGGCACCGGGAGGGGCCGGAUACUUGCAGAGCUCUUAGGGCACCUAGGCCUGGCCCCCUGUAUCUAGGAGAGGGGCCACAGUGAGGUCCAGUGGGUCUCCAGCUCUGGGUGCUCCUGCUUCUCCGAAGGUCUCCCUCCCCGCUGCUCCUCUGCCCCCUCUCCCUCCCUCCGGGUGACCAAUCACAGCAGCCCCCCCCCCACAGUGCUGUCUGGACAGUGUAAGUGGGAGGUGCUAGAAACUCAGUUUGCAGAGAACAAGGCCAGAGGUGAGUGGUACCCCCUUCUCUGUGGUGGGGAUUUGGGCUUCAGGGACAUGUUUCGGGGGGGGGGGUCUGAGUCCCAGAGAAGGCCUGCCUGGGGUCCCGAGGUGCAGUGGGUGCUCAUCGAAGUGGGGGUCAGUCCUCCCAGGUCAGGUCAGCCCAGUCAGCGGCAAACACAGCAGGCUGGCUCAGGAGAAAUGAUGGGGUCAGCUGGCCAGGAAUGUGCCCUAUGCCCAAUCCCAAAGGCCAGGGGAUGCACGUGUGACCCUCACCACACAGCAUGUGAGAGUUUGGGGACGGUGAGGACGGUGGGAUGUGGGCUGCUCACUGCAUAAUAAUGUAUUGACUCUGGACAGUAGAAACAUGCACAGGCAGGCUCCCCUGCCCAAGUAUGCGCCUACUGUCUACACUGCCCAAGUAUGCGCCUACUGUCUACACUGCCCAAGUAUGCACUGACUGUUCCGUGUCGUCACAGGGCCCGCACCCUCUGGGGUGGCAGGAGCCGGCGGGGCAGUCAGUCAGUCUGCCAGUGGGAAGAUCCACCUGAGCCCUGUGCUCCUGGCCUGUCGCACUUGUCCGGUCAACCUGAGCAGCUCAGCAGGACGAGGACAGCUGUUUGUGUAGGCGUGGUGGCUGAGGAACAUCCCGCAGGAGCGGAUCCCGGCUUUUAGAAAGACUCAGGAUUCCUGGAACACAAACGCUUUUAACUCACAGUGGGUAUCUUGGGCGCAGAUCCUCCACCCCAUCAACAGACAAGAAACCUCCAGCCUGAGACAGGCAGCAUGGACGGCCAGGCCCCCAACUCUGACUGGAUGUCGCAGCUGUGCCCACAGCUCUGGGACUUGCCCCUGCACCACCUGUCCAUCCCAGGAAGUCAUGACACCAUGACGUACUGCCUCAGCAGGAAGUCCCCCAUCUCCCACUCGCAGUCCCGCGUGCUGCACGUCCUGGGCAAGGUGCUUCCCUGUGUCACCCGCCCCAUAGUGAUGAAGUGGUCCGUCACUCAGGCACUGGAUGUGAGGGAGCAGCUGGACGCCGGGGUCCGGUACCUGGACCUGCGGAUCGCACACAUGCUGGAGGGCUCUGAGCACAAUCUACACUUCGUGCACAUGGUGUAUACAAGCGCGUUGGUCGAGGACACCCUAACAGAGAUCUCAGAGUGGCUGGAGAGGCACCCACGCGAGGUGGUCAUCCUGGCCUGCAGGAACUUCGAGGGCAUGACGGAUGAGCUGCACGGAUAUCUGGUGUCCUGCAUCAAGAACAUCUUUGGGGACAUGCUGUGCCCUCGUGGGGACGUCCCCACGCUGCGGCAGCUGUGGGCGCGCGGCCAGCAGGUGAUCCUGUCCUACGAGGACGAGGUCUCCGUCCGCCGCCAUCCAGAGCUGUGGCCCGGGAUCCCCUACUGGUGGGGGAACAAGGUGAAGCCGCAGGCACUGAUCCAGUUCCUGGAGACCAUGAAGGGCUGCGGCCGCCCAGGGGGCCUCUUCGUAGCGGGCAUCAACCUCACGGAGAACCUGGGGUACGUGCUGGCGCACCCCACCGCUUCCCUGCGGGACAUGACGCUGCCCAACCUGCCGCACCUGAGCGCCUGGGUACGCGAGCAGAGCCCGGGGCAGGGCGCGCGCUGCACCAACAUCAUUGCCGGAGACUUCGUCGGCGCGGACACGUUCGUCAGCGACGUCAUCGCGCUGAACAGGAAGCUGCUGUGGUGGUGACGCGCCCCGUGGUGGGCACAGG